AACGACUAUUGAUAAUGUUGCUUCUUACCCGCCACCCGAUAGCAGUAACCGGUAAAAACGACGACCAUCAGUGCGUUUUUGUUGCUCAAACCGAUUUCAAACAAAAUCUCAUCUGAUGAUCCGCGUUCUAUUAAUAGUCACCACUGCUAUUGCAGCCUUGUCACUCAUCAAUGCAGAUGGAGUGAUGCGCCUAAGGAGACAGCGGCAAUUUUUGCCUCUCAGGUACAAUCCUCAGGAAACAGGUGCCGUUUGUCCCGAAAGAAACGGUCGAUUCCCGUUAGGCAAUCAAUGCGAUAAGUAUUUGCAAUGCGAAAAUGGAACACCAUCGGAAAAAUUGUGUCCAGACGGACUAUUUUUCAAUGCCAAAUCCUCGAUAUUUUCGUACCCGUGCCAGUACCCACCUGAAGUAGACUGUGAAGGAAGAACCCAACUGCAACCACCUCAGCCUACAAAAGAUUGUUCGAGGCAGUUCGGGUACUUCCGUCUUGGCGACGAAACCAAAUGUGGCCAGUUUCUAAAUUGUGUAAACGGCAUUGGUUACAAGUUCGAUUGCCCCGAAGGAUUAGCGUUUAACGAAUUGACAUUUAGAUGCGACUGGCCUGAUCAGGUUGACACGUGUGACGCCGAAGCUUUUCUAGGAUUCAAGUGCCCACUCCAAGAGAACCCAUUGGAAGGUCAUAAACUAUACCCGAAUCCGAAUGAUUGUCAGAAAUUUUACCUGUGCGUCAGCGGAAGACCAAGAUUAUACAACUGCGGCAAUGGAUUAGGAUACAAUGAAGUUAUUGGCGCUUGUGAUAUACGUGAAAACGUAACAUCUUGUUACUCAAGGACUCCAGACAACUUCAAUCGAUUUGGAUAGAACGUGACACUCAAAAAAUACUUACCGGCAUCUCAGUAUUAAUGAAAGUUACCUCUUACAGAAGUAUGAAUCCUACCUGCCUAACAACAAAGCUGGGCGCACAAUGUAAUUUACUGUGAUUUAUACUUGACGGCUAUUGUUUUAUGUUUUAAUUUGGUUUUACCUAGUAAAAUAAGCAUAGUGUUUCAAUUAUAUAUGUAAACAAAUUAACUUCUUAUUUUCAAUUUAAGAAUUGUUAUUUAAAAAGAUAGGAUAAAUAUUUAAAAAUUAAGUGACUGUAAUCCGUAAUUCACAUAUAUUACAAAAAUUAACAAUUAUUAAUACUUACAGGUUAUACAAACCGACUUUAUAGCGUUACUAAUUUUUAAGG